ACACAGUUCCCUCUCGACCAUCUUCGCAACCUCGCCGAUCCGCUCGAUUAACUACUCUUGAGAUCCUAUCAACACGGAUCGGUAGUGAUUGCACACAAAGGGGUGGACAGGUCCCGUAACAUCUGAACCGGCUGCCCACUCACGGUGGGGCAGUCUCAUUGUUGCAUCCGCAUACUACCCAUCAAAAUGUCAAUCAAGAACUUGUGGCACCAUCGCAAGGUCGCUGAUGGCUCGGCCAAAGCCUGCUGGAUCUGCUACAAGCCCUCGACUAGCGUCUUGAUCACGCCGGACAACAAGGAUUUCUUUUAUGUUUGCAUUGGGCAUCUAUCAGACCGUGGCUUCUGCCAGCCUGACGCAGAUGAAGCCGCAGCAGCUGCGGCUCGUAAAAAGAAAGAGGAGCUUGACCUUGAGAUCGAGAAAGUGAAGAAAGAGUACGAGGAGAAACAGCGGAUAAAGCGCGAGAAACGCAAAGACAAAGCGAAGGAGAAAGACAAGGAAAAGGAAAAGGAUGCUAAUAAGACCGACGAAGAGGAGGACAAAAGCGACGAGAAAACGAAGGAUGACAAGAUCAAAGAGCUCUCAAAGUCAAAAGACCAAGCUCAGGUCGAUCUGGGGCCCCGCAUAUUCACUCUGAACAAAAACUUUUACCAAAUGCGCAUCGACAGGAUACGUAACGCAGAGGCUGCAAAACGUAACCGUGAAAGGUUGAGCAAUCCCGCAAAUCUUCCUUCGCCACCCAGCGGUUUCCCUUGACCACCGGCCUCAGGAGCGCCCGCCUCGUCGCCGUCUGACAGCGCUGCUGCCCAAGCCAGCCUGUCCGCGUCCCCGUCCACGGCGCCUGCCUCUGCUCCGCACACGCUCCCGCAACGCUCUUUUGGUUCAUUGCUGUGGAGGCUCCUUUCAGGAGCUUCUUCGAACAAUACAAGAUGAGCUGGCAAUAUUCUUGGCACUCGUGAGCUCAUCAUUUACAAGCCAGCCAAUACUCGCUUGCAACAAGUGCCAGGGUCUUUCGCGUUUCUUUACUGCCGUCAGCAUGUAGCUUUUGUUUUACAGCACUUGAGCUUUGAUUCACUGCUGAGAACGUGGAUAACAGACACCAUGAGAGAAAGGGGGGCGCCGAUUAUGAUAUGACUACCAAAUACAGACCUGUACAGCAUUUCGAGAUGAGCACAUCGAAGAAAGACUGCAGCUUACAGUGUCCGUUCUCCACGCUUCUGCUUACGCUGUUAUUUCUAGGCUG